AUGCGAAUGAAAUUCAGACAGGUCUUUGGCAAUAUAAAACCAGACCGAAAAAGCUGGGUUGUUUUUAUUUACUCUCAAUGGCAGUCUACACGUCCGCUCCGCGUUAAGAAAGAUCUACGCUUCUACGCUGAUGUCGAAGGCUUCGAAAAUCUAUCAGUUGUAACUGGAUUUGAUGACCGACCGGAUAUGAUCAUUGAGAACUACACCAAUCGAGCAAUUUACGUAAUUGAAUUGACUGUUGGAUUUGAGACUGACAUUACUAAAAAUUGUAUUAGGAAAACAGCACGCUAUAGUGAACUUUGUAAUGCUUUGAAGCAACGACGUAAUACCGUUGAGUAUCUCAAUUUAUCAAUGGGGGCUAUUGGUGUAAUUGGAAUAGAGUGUAAAAAGAUUUAUGGCUUUUUAGAGAAUGUAAUGAGCUUAGACAUAUUUCAAAAAAACUUUUUAAUUAGAAAACUAUGUGGAGUUUGCAUUAGGACUACGUACAUUCUGUUUUGCAUGAGAGACAGGGAAUGGAAAAACCCAGAACUUUUAUAUUGGUAA